UAAUAUUCAUUAAUAAUUAUUGAUACAUCAUAAAUAUAUGUUAUAACAUAACCACAGUUAAUGCUGACUUCUUCACAAACGAGAACAUAACCUAUCAAUUAAAUAUUUUUUUGUUAAUUCAAAAAUAAAUGUAAAUAUAUAAUAUGGCAGAUGUAGAAAUACUUAAUAGUGUUAUAAAUACAAUUGAUCAUAAUACUAAAAAACCGGAACAAUUUUUAAGCAUACAAAAUGAAGUUGCUGUUGAUUUUAAAAAUUCCCUAAAGCGCUUAUAUGAUUUUACAAAAUUAGAAACACAAAGAAACACAAAUGCUUUACCAGAACUUAUUACAGAAGGUUUUGAUGAAGAACAAAUCUGGCAGCAAAUUGAAUUGCAGAAUGAAAGUGAACUUGAUUACUUAAUUGAUGGUGUUUCUAAAUCUUUAGCUGAAAAUAAAAAGUUGACAAUUAGUAUAACAAAACCUAAAUCUGUAUAUAAUAGUGAAGAAAAUUUAUCAGAAAAAGAAAAAAAAAUAGUGGAAGAAGAAACAUCUGAUGAUGAUGAUGAUGAUGAUGAGGAAUUUAAAAGUAAUUUAAAAAAACAAAAGAAAGACGUAAGAAAAAGAAAAAAAAAAUCAUCAAUAGUAGAUGAUAAGUUCUUUAAAUUAGAAGAACUAGAUGAAUAUUUAACAAAAGAGGAAAAGAAAGAGAAACAAAAUGAAAAAAAUGAGGAAAAAUCCGAUGAUGAAUUUGUAGAUUUAUUCAAUGAUUUUUCCGAUAAUGAUAAUAAAACUGAAGAAGCAAAAUUAUUAAAAUAUGCAGACUUUUUUGAUAGUCCAGAAAGUGAAGACGAGAAUCUUGAUAAUUCUAUACAACAUAAAGAAACAAAUGAUGAAGAAGAAUUAGAGGAAAAUGAAUUAGAUGAUAAUGAAUUACUGGAAUCACUAGAUAGUGAUUCAAAUAAUGAAAUAGAUGUUGAUAAUGAAAUGGAAGAAAAAAGUUCUUCCAAAAAAAAAGUUACAUUUAAUCUUACUAAUGAUUCUGAUGAAACAGAUAGUUUAGAAAAUAAAAAUAUCAAUAAGGAAGUUGAUGUAGAAAUUAAAUCUUCUCUAGAAAUGCGACAAGAGAGAUUAAAAAAUAAAAUUGGAAAAUUAGAAGAAGAAGCUCUUGCAGAGAAACCUUGGCAAUUAAAGGGUGAAGUUAGUGCAUCAAAUAGACCACAGAAUUCUUUACUAGAAGAAUUUGUGGAAUUUGAUAUUACAACUAGACCUCCACCUGUGAUUACUGAACAAACAACUCUUAAAUUAGAAGAUAUAAUUAAGCAAAGGAUAAAGGACAAAGCUUGGGAUGAUGUUCAGAAAAAAUUUAAACCAGUUGAAACUCCUUUAGAGUAUAAGAAAAAAUUGAUCUUGAAUCAAGAAAAAAGUAAAGAAAGUUUAUCUCAAAUUUAUGAAAAUGAGUAUCUUAAACAGAAGGAAGCUUUAAAUCCGGAUAAUACUGAAAAGGAAGAAGAAGAACCAAAAUUGCAUACGGAAAUCCGUGAAAUGAUGCAUUCAGUGUUUUCCAAAUUAGAUGCUUUGUCUAAUUUCCAUUAUACACCAAAACAGGUUCAACCAGAGAUUAAAAUUAUUAGUAAUAUGCCUGCAAUUAACAUGGAAGAAGUAGCCCCAAUCGGAAUGAGUGAUGCUGCCUUAUUAGCUCCAGAAGAAAUUAAAGCGAAACCGCGAGGCGAUUUGAUUGGUAAAGCAGAAAGAACUAAAACGGAUAUGAAACGUGAACGAAGACGUAAAAAGAUGAGACAACGUGCGCGGCAACAAGCUAUAGAGAAAAAGGAGAAAUUGAAUGCAAUCAAGCCGGGUAUCGCUAAGAAAUAUAAGAAAGAAAAGACGACAGAAUUGGCAAAGAAAUUAAGUAAAAAUCGAAAUAUUAUAAGAAUGGAUGAGUCAAGUUUCAAAGCUCCGAAAACUUCGACAGCCUUUUUCACUCAACUACAAGAUGAAGUGAAAAGUCACAUUAAAGCAAAAAUUAAUACAGAUACUAAGAAAAAACAAAAGAAUGUUUUAUCUGCAAAAAAAUUAAAAUUAUAAUUUUUGUACAAAUAUUUAAAUACAAAUUAAAGAUAUUGUAUAAUUGAUAUUUAAUUUCUUGCAACCUAUUCUUUUUUUCAUUACAUAAAAUGUAAUAAGUAAAUAAAUUCAUUUUAUACAGACUUUUUUUUUUAAAACAAAGAUACUUUUAAUAAGAUAUUUUUAGUAAAAGUGAGAAAAGAAUAAUCUUAACAUUAAAAAGGAGAAAGGAUUAUAGAAUGCUUCACAAGUAUGUUUUGAAGUUUAAUCAAUUAAUUGCGUUAUACAUAUUGAUGCCUUCGUCGACUUCAAUAUGUUAAUUAUUGUCAGUAAUCGUAGCUACUUUCGACAAAGGAUGAUUAAAAAGAAUUAUACGUGUAAUGUAAAUUUUUAUAUAUAUUAGUGACAAAUGUUCCCAAUUCAUCAUGAUAUGCUGCAACUGUUCUUUCGUUCUACUUAAUAAGAAUUUGCUAGACAUGUACAUCUACAAUGCACUAAAUCACACGCGGUUACUUAUAAAUGCAAUUAUGCUUUUGUAUGUGUAACAUUAUCUAUAUUUUCUUUAGAAAUAUCUAAAAAUGGUGUUUGCUUUUUUUUGUUUGCACAGAGAAGCAAAGUGGAUUACAUAUAACUUUUUGUACAUUAUUGUUGUUGGUGAAUUCAAACAAUGUUUUUCGUUCAGCGUCGAUUUUGACGAUUGCACUAUUUAUAAUUACAAAGAUCUAAAAUAAAAUAACUAAGCUAAUCUUAAAAAUCUAAUCAUAAGCUGGUAUUAAAAUUACCAUGAUUUACGUUUAAGUUUGAUUAAGAAAUUUUUAAAAAUACUUUGUUUUAUUUUUGUUUUUUUCUUAUCGUUUAGAAUGCAUUUUUCUAAACGUUUAUCGAAGUAUGCUAGUUUCUUCUUUGAAAUAAAAUCGCUACGUAAAAAAGGAGAGAAAUUACUCUCUAUUACUUAUUAAUAAGCACAGAUGAGCACGUUAAAAUUCUAUAAAAAUGUAAAGUGAUAAUAAUCAUAUAAAAUACAUAUAAUCCGAUACAUUUUCAUUUGAAAUCUUAAUGAAGAAUCACUUUUUCUUAAACAAUUACAAAUUCUACACGCAUUUUUUGCCUUUUCUUUUUUAUCCAAAAUUUUAUACAUAUACUUACAUUCAUUUAACAACAAUUCAAUGAAAUUUCAAACUCUCUAUUAUCUUAUCGUUCUUGAAACUUCAUGUACAAUUUAAAUAUAACUUACGUUACUAUAAUUGCAUUUUCUUUCUUUAACAGUGAGAAGAGUUAAAAAGUCGUUUCUUAAUUUACACUGUCUUUUUUUAAAAUUGUUUCUUCUAUUUUAAGAUUAAAUCAAUAGAAAAAAAUGAUAAAAAAAAAAAAGAAUUU